GUUUAUAUCCUCUAGCUUAAAACAUUGAGUUCAUGGAAUUGUGACGUUUUUAUCGUUCUUUUUUAUCUGUAGCAAUGGAUAAACAAAUUAUAUGUAUAAUCAAAAGGGAGGACGGAGGUUUAUUUUAAUUCAUAGCCUCUAUCCGUCUAAAUAAAAAAGAGUGACAAUGUCGUUCGCCACGCAGGGUAUCACAGUGUUAUGCAUUGCUCUUGUGUAUUACUAUUUUUUCGUUCGAGACUUCGCCUACAAACAACACAGGGAGAUUUUGUCGGACAAGGUUGAUGACGAAUACGAUUAUGUUAUUGUUGGUGGCGGAUCGGCUGGUUCCGUACUGGCUUCGAGACUUUCCGAGGACAAGAAUUCUAGAGUUCUAUUAUUAGAAGCAGGAGGUUUUUACGAUGAAAAUCCACUGUUCCAUAUUCCGAUACACUGGCUUGAACUUGAAAAUACCAGACACGACUGGGAAUAUUACACGGUGCCUCAGAAGGUUUCAUGCUUAGGCUUGAACAAAAACAGAGCUUUUUGGCCUCGAGGACGCGUGCUUGGGGGAUCAAGCGUAUACAAUGCUAUGCAGUACACCCGUGGCAGUAGUUACGAGUACAAUGAAUGGGCUGCGAACGGUUGUACAGGGUGGAGUUACAAAGACGUAUUACCUUAUUUCUUGAAGUCUGAGGACAUUCAGAUAGAUGAACUGAAGUCAUCCAAAUAUCAUCACUCCGGUGGUCCCCUGGCUGUUUCCGGUGGGCGUGUUACUCAUCUGUCCGACCUGUACAUGAAAGCUGGACAAGAACUUGGGUUCAACAUCACGGACUACAAUGGCGCAGACCAAGAGGGCUUCAACCGGAUUCAAGUUACUGUCAGGAAAGGUGUUCGGGACGCAACCGGAUUAGCGUUUCUUGGACGUAUGGGAAAAAGACAGAAUCUUGACAUCGCUAUUGAAACUUUUGUUACCAAAGUUGACAUAAAGAACAAAGCUGCAAGAGGAGUGUUUUUUAUUCACAAUGGUAGGAAGGAAUACGUCGUAGCCCGAAAAGAAGUUAUUCUGUCAGCUGGUGCAAUAAAUUCGCCUCAGAUCCUUAUGCUUUCUGGUGUUGGACCAAAAGACCAUCUGCAGUCUUUAAACAUCUCUGUUUUAGCUGACGUCCCUGUCGGAAAUAAUAUGCAUGACCACCAGAUGGCGUUCAUGUUUAGUAAGAUAAAUAAACCAAUCAGCUUGUCCGAUGAUCUUGUGAACGGUUUCUGGACUCGGUUGAGAUAUACCUUAUUCGGCACUGGACCUUUAACAAUAGCAGGAUCUGAUGGCUCGGCGUUCUUUUACAAUGAUGAAUCAAAACGUGGCAAAACUAGUGCAGAUAUUCAAAUUAUAAUAUUCAGUAAGUUCCUUCCCCAGAAUUUGAACUAUUUCAACUUUAAAGACACUGUUGCAAAGGAAUACUUGGCAGAGAACGGUAAUGUCGAAGGAUUCAACUUUAUUGUAAGUGUAACGCAUCCAAAGAGUAGAGGUACUUUACGCCUGAAAAGCUCGGACCCCUUUGACUACCCGCUCCUUGAUCCCCAGUACCUCACAGACGAGAAAGACGUUGAAGAUUUCAUUGGAGGAAUUCGAAUGUGGGAAAAGUUUAUACAAACGAAAACUAUGAAAGAACUCGGUGCAGAUAUUAAUCAAAUGAAGAUGUCGUUUUGUUCUCAGCAUGAAUUCCGAUCAGACGCAUACUGGGAAUGUUUCGUGCGCCACCUAGCUGUGACUGUCUAUCAUCAUUCAUGCACGUGCAAAAUGGGCGCAGAUAAUGACCCGACUGCGGUUGUGGACUCAAAGCUUAAGGUUAAAGGUAUCAGAGGAUUGCGGGUCGUUGAUGCGUCCAUCUUUCCAACAGUUACCUCGGGAAACAUAAACGCUCCAGUAAUUAUGGUGGCGGAAAAAGCUGCUGAUAUAAUCCGUGGAAUAGAUUCUGUGAAAAGUAUCAGAAAAAAUUUACCUGAACAAAUUUAAGACAUAACUUAUUAACCCGUAGUUAGCGAAACUAAUAUGUUUCUUCAUGAAGUAUGACUAAGGACAUGUCACUGAACGAUUGCAUUAUAUUUGUGCAUUUCUUAUGUAACACCUAUAGUAAUCUGCCUACAUUUAUAAAGUAGUCGAUGUAGACAUUUGCUAAUGAUAUAACGUUGGUAAGUAUAAGUAUGGUGGCUUGUUUGUGCCUUUUCUGUAUUUCGGUUUGCAUCGAUGUUUGAUGUGACCUUUUCGCUAAUCAGUGUUUCCGAAAUGGCACAAAUAAAUUAGAAUCGUGGUAUACUAGUAUAACAGCUGCUAUAUAACAACAAGACAGGUGGACAAUUUAAGGCCCUACCUGAGGUAUUGUGUUUUCAUAACUUAUCUGCUGACUCGUUUUACCUCUUUUAUUCAGUCAAUCUUUUAUUCAGUAUAUUUCAUAUUAUACAGCUGCAUUAUUAUCUUACACUGUGGAAACAAAUUGUGGUUUAAACUUAAUCAGAUACACAAAGUACUGUGCAAUCAAUAAAACGUUUAGAUAGCAAGCUUAAAUUGGAAGUAAAUAAUGUCAUUUCUCAAUGUUUUGUAGUAGCACAAUAGGUGUCAGGUCCUUAAACAUUAUUUGAUAAACACAUAUUCGUAUAACAUUACAUGAAUGUAACAAUCUAUCUAUAAAUAGCCAUUGUUUAUGUUGUUGAUGUCGUUUUUGGUUGUUUGAAGGGUUUAUCACUGUCUUAGAUAUAAUAUAAAUGGCAGUUUGUUUAACUAAAUUCCACAUGUAUUUGAAGCUACUAGCUCACAGUUUUGGUAAAGUUUUUCAUCAUGUUCGAAUUCAUUUCCACCAGGUUUGGCAUAGAAAAUAUAUCUGACACUGAAAAAUGAUAAAGUUUGAAAAUAAAAGUUAGAUAUGGAUAAAAAUGCAAGAAGAAUGUAAAUAUUUUGCAUGAUUUCAAAGCGUUGCAACGGUUUACUACCUUCUGCACAAUAUUUUUAGUUAUUUCUAAGAAUAUCAUGCAAACAUCCUAUGUCAACAAGUUUGUACGAAAAAAGUUUGUGACGCGCCUAGUUCAUAAAGUAUUUUUUAUAAGUUGAUGAAACCUUGCAUAAGUCUUUAUAAUGAUAUAAACUUGCGCACCUUCUAUUUGUCGUCUGACUAUGCUCCCUACUUCCCCAGUUAUGUCCCCUGAAAAAGUCACAUAUGCAUUUUUACCCUGUGAAGCGCCUAGCUCAAGAAGUAUUUCAUAUAAAUUGGUGAAACCUUG